AUGAAAUUAAAAACCAAAACCCGUAUUUUUCUGGUUUCUGGGUUUGGCUUGGAAUUUUUUAUCUCUUUGUCAAUUCAGUUUCAGGAAUAAAUUGAAGAAACCAUGGCCAAUCAACGGGAUUACAUUAGCAGACCUAUUUGCAAUGGAAUUUCUGUUCCUGAAAAUAAAAUCAAUUCCUUAGUGGCUGAAGGUCAUGGACAACAAAUUCUAAAAGUACUACAAAAGUUCAGAGAACAAAAUAUAUUUUUUGACUUUAAAAUUCUUGUGAAAGAUGAAAUAAUUCCUUGUCAUCGUUGUGUACUGGCAGCGUGCAGUGAUUUUUUCAGAGCCAUGUUUGAAGUUAAUAUGAAAGAACGAGAUGAUGGCAAUGUUACUAUUAGUAAUCUGUCACCCAAGGCAGUGAAAGCUUUUCUUGAUUACGCUUACACAGGAAAAACAGAGAUAACAAAUGAUAACGUGGAAAUGCUCUUCCAACUGUCGUCAUUUCUUCAAGUUUCACUCCUUUCUAAAGCUUGCAGUGACUUUCUAAUAAAAAGUAUUGAUCUUGUGAAUUGCUUACAGUUGCUUUCUCUAUCAGAAAGUUAUGGUUCUGUCCGCUUAUUUGAUCAUGCGCUAGAUUUUGUACAGCACCACUUUUCCUUGCUGCUCAGAUCAAGUGAUUUUUUGGAGAUGAAUUUUGAGAUAUUACAAAAAUGUCUUGAGGCUGACGAACUAAAUGUACCUGAGGAAGAAUCGGUGUUGAAAGCUGUCCUUCAAUGGACCAAACACAACUUAGAAACACGACAGAAAUAUCUGCCUAAUUUGAUCAAAAAUGUGAGACUACACCAGUUACCUGAAAAGACUUUGCAGGACUUUCUACAUUCUGAAGAACACUUACUUAAGAGUGCUAAUUGCUUAGUAAUAAUCAAUGAUGCAGUUCAAAGUGUGCAAAACUUUGGUGGACUGUUUCCAGAUGCACGUCCUUCAACAACAGAAAAAUACAUAUUUGUUCAUAAAACUGAUGAAGAUGGGGAAAACAGGCAUACAUUCUGCUACAACAUCAAAACAGAUAAAUGGAAAGAACUACCACAUACGCACAUGAUUGAUCUUCCAGGGUCAAGUUUAUCUAGCUAUGGAGAAAAAAUAUUUAUAACUGGAGGAUGCAAAGGGAAUUGUUACAGGACAGUCAGGCUUCAUAUUGCUGAACCAUUUCAUGAUGCCACUGACCAAACCUGGUGCUACUGUCCGGUCAGCAAUGAAUUCUCCAUAGUGUCAGCUAUGAAAAAACCAAGGACAAUGCACACAUCUGUUGUAACCUUAAAUCAGCUGUUUGUAAUAGGUGGAAAGACCAGAGGAGCUCAAGAAACCCGAAGUCUCUUGGAUGUAGAAUCCUACAAUCCUCUUUCCAAAGACUGGAAAUCUGUAAGCCAAUUACCAAGAGGUAUCUACUAUCCAGAAGCAAGCGCAUGUCAGAAUAUAAUUUAUGUCCUUGGCUCAGAAGUAGAGAUUACUGAUGCCUUUAAUCCAUCUCUUGACUGUUUCUUUAAGUAUAAUGCUAUGACUGAUCAGUGGUCUGAGCUCGUAGCAGAAUUUGGGCAGUUCUUCCAUGCAACUCUAAUCAAAGCCGUUCCAGUGAACUGUACAUUGUACAUAUGUGAUCUCUCCACCUACAAGGUCUACAGUUUUUGCCCAGAAACCUGUGUUUGGAAAGGGGAAGGAUCUUUUGAAUGCGCUGGCUUUAAUGCAGGAGCAGUUGGGACAGAAGACAAAAUUUAUAUAUUAGGUGGCGAUUAUGCUCCAGAAGAAAUCACGGAUGAAGUUCAAGUCUACCAUAGCAGCAGGUCUGAGUGGGAAGAAGUUUCACCAAUGCCAAGAGCCUUAACCGAGUUUUACUGUCAGGUCAUUCAGUUUAAUAAAUAUAGGGACCCUUGGUCAUCUGUACUGACAAUUUGCUCUGGAGAAUUUUGAAACUCCUGAGUCAAAAGAAUCUAUUUAAAUGCACAAGCUUUAGAACAGAUUUGUAGGUAUUAAUUUACACAUGCAAAAAAGAUGUACCGUUUUGUUUAAAUCUUCAGUUUAAAUUGUAUGCUAUAGAACUGCUUUUGGAAGAGUCCAUUAAAUUGUCAUUUACACUAGUCAUUAUAUAGAAAGUAUUACUUAAUUUUAUAUGCAAGUCUUCUCUGUAAUUAUCUGAAUAAUUUGCAAAAUGAUACUAC